UGAAUACUAAGUGUCAAUUCGUCGACAUUAGUGAUUCAUAUAAGCGUGGCUGGUUAUCAGAACUAUAGUUACCGUGAACGGCAAAGCAAUCCAAACUUUAAAGGAAUAAAAAAGGAAUCGUAUACCCCUCUCUGUCUAUUUAACGCAUGUAAACGAAUGCAACUAUGGGCACCGAACCAAACUAGUUUGGCGCCGGCUUGCGCGGGAGUGCUCGUUGGUACAUAUUCCUGCAAUACUGCUCGAAAUAAAAAACAACACAUGACUUUCCAAUAGUCCUUUAUAUAAAGCACAUUUAAAAAAAAUUUAAGCAUAAAUUUAAAAAAAAUAAAAAUAUCUUUUCAAUGAAUAAAUUUAAAUAAAAAAGAAAUAAAAAAAAUACAUUUUUAAAUUCGAAAAUAUUGGCAUAGACAAUAAAGUAGGAAAUUUACUGAAUUUUUUAUUCUUUUUUUUUUUUGAAUAAGUUUCAUCGCGUUUGGAGGAGAAGGAACAAUAAUCAAGGUGGCAUUAUGCGCGAGAGCUUGCGCCGGCUGGCUUCAGACGAGGGCAUCAGGGAGCGGCGGGCAGGCGGAGACACGCGCCGCGUCCGUGUCGAGCUCAUGGACGGAGACCACAUCACCGUCGAAGUUCAUCGUAAGGCGCGAGGGGCCGAUCUGCUGGAUAAAGUGUGCGACAGUUUGGACAUUGUCGAGAAGGACUACUUCGGCCUCCUGUACUUGCUGAGGGGUGACCCGCGCGUCUGGGUCGACCUUGGCAGGCGACUCUCGAAAACUUUCAGGAAUGAGCCCUGGGACGUGCGGUUUGCGGUUAAAUUUUACCCCCCGGAGCCGUCAGAACUUCAGGACGAUAUGACCAGAAACCAACUGGUGCUUGCCGUCCGUCGAGACUUGGUUGAAGGUCGACUGAACUGUUCCAGUAUUACCUACGCACUACUGGCUUCGUACAGACUCCAAGCGGAGUUGGGAGACUACGAGCCGGGGAGGGUGUCACCGGCACUGCUCGCUGAAAGUGGACCCAUACCUCUCAGGGUCUUCACACCGGACAUGGAGGAGAGAGUUGAAGAACUGUACAAGAAACACAGAGGUCAAACCCCGGCGGAGGCAGAGUCGAACUAUUUGGAGAGCGUCAAGAGAUUGCCUUUAUAUGGUGCUGAACUGCAUUGUGCCCGGGACAGUUCCGAGGUGGACAUAGUGCUAGCUGUGUCGGCUCCAGGAGUUGCUGUCCAUAGAGAUGGACAGAUAAUGAACCGAUUUCCCUGGACGAAAAUAACCAAGAUAAGCUACAACAAACGGACAUACACGCUCCGGCUGAGAGCUGGAGAGUUCGACGAUUACGAGACCCACCUUAUAUUUCGGUUGACUUCCACCACAGCUGCCAAGAAACUCUGGCGGUGCAGUGUUGAACACCACAUGUUCUUCAGACGUGAAGCGCCGGUGGUGGUGGAGCGCGUGGCCGGGUUCCCGCGGCUGGGCUCGCGCCGCGUGUCGUGCCGCCGCACGCUGCGCCAGCUGCGGGCCUCGGCGCCUGCGCACGCGCCGCCGCUUGUCGCCUGACCGCUACGUACCGCUGUACCGUACCGCUACACCGUACCGCACGUCGAUGUAUCGUACGAUAUUAUCCAAUACGAUAAUAAUAAAUUACCUUUUGUUAUUAAAAAUAAUAUAUUUUACGUCUUUAUUAAAAUAAUUUAGCAAUAACAUUGUCCGAAGUGGUGAUGCUAAUAAUGUUGUAAAUAGCAGGAUGCGAUAAUAAAACAUACAUUGGUUACACAGCUCACACUCUGGGUUUAGACGGUAGUCCUACACGGACGCGUGCAACAGGUUGCAGCUGAAAAUCAGUGCUUUGCUUUUAAGCAAAACUAUCACUGAGCUGUAGCCUAUUUGGGUCACUGUGACACACAUGGUGAAAACAUAUCUCCAUACUUCAUCUUUUGUUUUAUAUUUGAAAAAAUGUAAAUAAUCAGAUUGUAUAAACUUAUUUGUUAAUUUACGUGUGUCAUAAAUGGCUCAAAUAAAGUGUUUACCUAUCUAUCUAUCUAUCUAUAUGUAUUUGAGAUAUAAAAUAAUGUUUAGUGAAAAAAAUACGAGACAUGUCUUAUAGAAAUCUGACAUAGAACAAACUUAAAAAUUAUACAUUGUUCUAAAAAACCUCAGUGUCAACAGCCAGUAUUAAAACUUCAACAAAUGAUGACCAGUAUUAUGUUUUAUGUGUACAGUAAUUAAUUAUGAAUAUAAAUAAUAAACAGACAUUUUUUUUUUUUAAUGAAUGAUAAUGGCAUGGUAACCCCGCCUGCGCGAACGGUAUACGCUGUCGGGGCACCAGUGACAGAUGAGGAUAAAAAAGCAGGUCAGUUAGCUCAUCGCGAGGAAUACACUUGGAAUUCAGCACGAUGGUUUCCAGGGGGACCACGGGGAGGUCAACCUGUUAGGCUAUAUUGUCAGCAAUGAGACUGAUAAUUCGCAUUACUAACAAUCCCUUCUCCCCAAUAAACAGACAUUAAUCACGUCAAUUAUACACAUUUUAUUGCACAAUAAAGAAUAACACUUCCCUAUGGUCAACUGGGAGAGCACGCUUUUAGCAUUAAGUCCGCCUUGUACACAUAUAUGUACUAAUGAAUAAAUAAAAUAAAAAUAUAAAAAACAAAACAACUGGAAAAUAAACUGCAAAACUUAAAACAAAGGAUUCCAUAGAAGGAAUGAUAAAAUAAAAACUGUAAAUCAUAUGGUUGUCUCCUUUCUUCUUGUGCAAAUAUAAUUUGUAAAAAGAAGACGAAAGAUACACCAUCAGUUGCUAUUUUUCUCAAUUCAUAGCAGGCUAGUGUAUAGAAAAUGUUUGAUAUGUCAGUUAUUUGUCAAUGACAAAUUUUACAUUACUAUAUUAUAUAUUCGACACAGUUUAUGUAGAAAGUAUGCAAGCAGGUUGUAUUUGAAUCUGGUAGGGUUAUACGGCCGUAUAACAUUUUCUUUACACUAGCCUGAUAUGAAUUGUCAAUUUUAUCACUCCCUCUAUGUAAUUCCUUGUUCUUAGCUGCAACAUAACAUACAUAGAAUAUAUAUGUGUUUAUAAUUUAAGUGUAUUUUUAUUUUGUAUACAACAGAGUUAAUUUAUUGUUUCUUCCAUAAGAUUACAAUAGUAAACUUAUUAUAAAUAUAAACAAUUACAAGAAAUAAUCACAGUGAGGAAACAAUGGGCGGCCUUAUCGCUAAAAGCGAUCUCUUUCAGUCAAACUUUGGAUGGAGAGGAGUAAUUAUAAACAAUUUGGUGGGAGGCACGAUGGAAAUUGUCAUUUUUAAAUUUACAUAUAUAUUUUAUAUUAUAGUACAGUCAAAUAUAUUUUCCGGUCAAACUGAUUUCAACUGAUAAUUGGUAUAAAAUAAUUAGGUAACAUUAGAUUAAUUAUAUCUUAAAGCAAUCAACUUAGGCAUACUUCAUUGACUUUAUUUAAUUUUUAAGCUAUUAGAAACGAGACGGACCUUAGACGACUUUAGUACCAAUUUAGAUAUUUUCGGAAUCGAUAUUAAAAUAGUAAUUUAAAAUUUUCAGUAUACACAAAAGUAUUUUCCCAUUUUUGAACUUACUAUGUUUUUUUUUUAUAAACUAACCUAUUGUUUUAGAUUAUAUACAUAGAGGAUCAAGUAUUAAAAAACAGGCCAAUAGAGGCCGAAUUUUUUUACAUUUUUUAUUUUUAAUUUACGAACACAGAUACAGAAUUCGAAUUUUUGGCAGCGACAUGCCAAAUGUCAAAUAGGCUGACACAUGUUUUUUUUUUUAAUCAAAACAAAAGAACUAUUUUCAGUGUUGUAAGUGUUGUAUAAAAUAAAAUUAGAUUUCAAAAUUUCCCAGAUCAGAACGAUUCUUAAAUUAGAAUUAAAAAUAAUUUUUUUAAAUUAUUGUCAUCACGUCUAUUGAUCUUAUUAGAACCCCUCAUAAUUUUAAGUUACAUUUUUAAUAUAUUAGUAAGAUUAUGUUACUUCUAAGAAGAGUCAUACAUUUUUGUUUUAUGUUGUUCACUUGACUAUUAUUUUAAUUAAUUUUAUAUUACAGUAAUAUAAAUUAGAUGUGAAUACACUGAAUUAGUUAUAAUUUAUAAGAUAAAUGUCUGAAAAAAAUCACGUACGUGCCAUUUUAAAUGAGAAAUUAAA